UUCAUUCAUGAUGUUUUCUCAGGACUGGUUACAGCCGGAGCCGUUUCUGGGCGGACUGGGACGAACAUGGCCCUACCUGCUUAGAGGGGUAGUGAACCACAGCCUGCCGGUCCUGCCGACGGCUCAGUGGCAGCGUGUGUUGGUGGGCACCUGGUUGAUCUACUGCUUCAUCCUCACCACCGCCUACACCGCCAACCUCAUCGCCUUCCUCACCAUCCCUGUGUUUCCUGAGCGUAUCCAGACAUUAGAAGAGCUGGCUCAGAGUGACUACAGGUUGGUCAUGUGUGACUACGGGGAGUUCGUACCCGGGGCGCUUAUGACGUCGGAAAACAAGGUGUACAAGGCCCUGGGAGACAAGCUGGACCUCUUCAUAAAAUAUGAUGAAGUCAUCACGUACUUGCUGAGCGGCACCCACGCCUUCAUAGAAAGUUAUUCCUACGGGAAAAUUAUUCUCUACGCAUAUUAUAAGGUUACAAACUCAUACAUGUUGAAGGAUCAGCUGUACCCUGGUCACCUGUGCUGGUACUUCCAAAAAAAUACCGCCUGGAAGUACAAGUUCGACCAGGGCAUCAAGCGCCUGGUGGAGGCUGGACUCGUCUCUUAUUGGUUCAAGAUGAAAUCGGAGGACGUCCUGGGUCAAGACUACGUGCGUCUACAGCAGCAGGCGGGGGAGGAGCAGCACAACGAGCGGCCACUGAGUGUCGAACACCUACAAGGAGUCUUCCUCAUCCUCCUCUUCAGCCAGGCCGCCAGUGUUGCUGUCUUCUUCCUUGAGUUACUACUUGACAAGUGCCACGGUGGUCGCCCUUAAGUCACACUACUGGGAGAGUGUUAUGGUACGCAGCAGCGCCUUGAUGAUAGCCGAAGACACCAAAAAAUGUUGGAACAAUGUAAAGGAACAUAAUACAGGGUGUCUCACAAAAGUUAUAUUCACACUGCCUUACAGAGUUUCAUCGAGGUAAUGUUAAUGUUUGUAUUGCAACAUCAACAUUGUCCUCACUUGAUGAUGUGGGAGGUCCUACACGGGUGAGGGAAAUGGUGUUUUAAUUCAAGCAUUCACGGGAUUUCCAUGAGAAUUUUUAUGACAGUAAAUAUUAUUUUGGAGAAACCCUGUAUGAGUUUCUGGCAUGCCAUAUGACGUUCCAUUCAUUAUUCUCCAUCAUUUCAUCCCACCAUUGUGUCUUGGAGAGAACUGUGGUCAUGCUGGUUCCCAUUCUUUGACCCGGCUUAUGUGAUGCUUUAUAAAAAUAAUGUACAUUACUGGGAUAUUAUACAGAAGUUAUCAUAUAAAAGAUUCAUUAAAUGGCGCCUUUAUUAUAUCUAGACUUAAUUAUCUUAGCGGUGUUUGUGUUAGUCAAUUAACUGCGCUGGUGAAGUGAGGUUUAUACUCGACUCUUAAUAGGGACGGAACACUAAGUUAAGCAAUCAUAUACAGUACUGUAAUGUAAUUCUCCCAACAAAUAAAGUUAUGAGUUACAAUUCUCAUGAGCGUGUGUGCAUUUUCGAAAAAUGUAUAACCUGAUGAUUAGGUACCCAGCUUAUUUCACGUGAUUAGACAUUCUAACCAAACCUAACCUAACCUAACCUAGUCCCUUCAGGUAGUGUUUGAGUGUUUAAGCAAGCGAAAUAAACAAGGUGGAUAUUCUUAUUUUAUUAUUUAUUUACCUAAUGGCCACCCAAGCUAUUGAUGGCCAGUUCUGUAAUAUAAGUUUAACAAAUAAUACCACAAAUAAUUUAUUGAAUGACAUUAAG